UCUCUCUCUCUCUCUCUCUCUCUCUCUCUCUCUCUCUCUCUCUCUCUCUCUCUCUCUUCCAAAUCUAUCUCCACACAACACAAAGCAAUCUCCAUUAACUAAAGCUCAAGCUCAAGCUCCAGUCAUGGGGUUCCCAGCAGGCUACACAGAGCUUCUGCUCCCCAAGCUCUUCCUCAGCACACUUUCCCUUCUGGGAUUCAUCCGCAAGCUCAUCACCACUCUCUUCUCCGUACUGGGUCUCCAAGAUUUCAUCGAACCCGACAAUGCCUGGUCCGACCCUCCGCACCAGACCCGGAUCCCGGAAUUCCAGUCCGUCUCCGCCUUGCUCAUCCGCGAACUCCUCCCCGUCGUCAAGUUUUCCGACUUGGUCGACCCGCCCGAGUCCUGCGCCGUCUGUCUCUACGAGUUCGAGGCCGACGAUGACGUACGACGCCUCACCAACUGCCGUCACAUCUUCCACAAAGGCUGCGUCGACCGGUGGGUUGGCUACGAUCAGAAGACGUGCCCGCUUUGCCGGACGCCGUUCAUACCGGAGGAUAUGCAGGGGGCUUUCAACGAGAGGCUUUGGGAGGCUUCCGGCAUCCCUGAUUUUUACGGCGACUUUCCACAUGCUAUUGGUUAUGAUUUGUAGCACUAAUUAAGAUGUGAGGUUUUCCUUUUUUUACAUUUUUUUUCUUUUUUAGAAAAAAAAAAAAAAAACUUUUCUGCCUUUGAAGCUUAGAGAAAUCGAACUCUUGAUAUUCUCAUCGGAGAUAGCGUGAGCGGAAUCAAGUGCCGCUCAGCCUCCAAUCAGAAUGUGAGGAUACGAGUGAGGGAUUCAGAGAAGGCUAGGAGAUGAAGUUAUUUGUAAAUAGGGUUUAGGACAAAGAAAAAAAAGAACGAGAAUGUUAAUCGAAUCCAAGUGAGAUGGUGUAUAGUUUUGUUUGGGAAAUGAAAUUUUUGCUGUUUAUACACAA